CCGACCUGCAGACAGCCCUGCUCCGGCUGGAGGAGGCCGACAGCAGGUGUGUGACCCUGUCAGAGGUGAACGACAUGCUGCGGGAGCAGCUGGACGCGGCGCAGGAGGCGAACGACGCGCUGACCGGUCAGGUCGAGAAGCUCUCGGACGACUGGCAGCGGCUCUCCGCCGACCUGCAGGCCAAGGAGGCCGCCUGGAGGGAGGAGGAGCAGACCUACAGCAAGUACUACAGCGCCGAGCACGCCCGCACGCUGCGCCUGUGGCAGACGGUGGUGGCGUUCCGGCGCGACUUUGGCGACCUGCGGCUGGCCACGGAGCGCGACCUGAGCCGAGCGGCAGCUGCUGCGGCGAGUAUCAGUGUGCUGGAGAAGAUGCAGGAGAUGCAAAAGCAAGAGAUGACUUUCCGCUCCAAGACGCGAGAGCUGGAGAGCAAGCUGAAGGAGCUCAACAGCCAAGAGUCGAGCUCGGCCGAGCAGCAACGCCGCCUGGAGGCGCACGAGCAGCUGCUGCAGGACGGUGAUGCCGACAUGACCGGCAGGACGCCCUACGGUCCGGCGCCGGCCGGCUCGCCGGUGCCGGCCGUCACGCUGGCUGAGAGCACCGUCGCGGCCGUGCAGGCGGUGCUGAACAGGCAGCAGCUGCGUAACCACGAGCUCCAGGUGGAGACGCUCAACAGCGAGGCUGACAGUGUUCAGGCCAGUGUCCAGGAGCUGCGGAAGCAGAAGGACGCUCUGGAGGACGAACAGCACCACCUCAGCUCCGAAGUGGAGAGACUGAAGUCUGCACUAGAGGACUGCCAGCGCCUGCUGGAGGACAAGACGGCCAGGUCGGCGGAGCUCCGGGAGACGCUCGUGGCCCUGAAGGAGGAGCUCAACAGCACGCGACUGGAGCGUGACGUGAUGGCGCAGGAGAAGGCUGAACUGGACGACAUACUCGGAAAAACGGAGCUUGACAAGGGAGACCUGGAGGCUCAAGUGACCCGUUUGGAGGCGGACGAGGCCGCUCUUCGUGACGCCCUGCUGAAGAUCCAGAACCUGAACGAGGGCCUGGGCGUGGACAAGAUGGACCUGAGUCAGAUGGUGGAGCAGUGCGGCGCUCUCCUUCCCAGCGGCCAGCUGACCGGCCUGGGCCGGCCGAUCCUGGCGCUGCUGCGGGCGGAGCAGGGACGCACGCUGGCGGAGGCCGAGCGACUGUCGCUGCAGGACAGUCUGACGCAGAGCGAGCAGCAGCGGGACAAGCUGGAUGACCAGGUGUCUGAGCUGCUGGCGGACCAGUCGGAGCUGGAGAGCCGGCUGGCGGCGCUGGAGCGGCAGCGUGCCGCCCAGCAGGAGGAGCUGUCGCGCACCAGACUCGACUACGAGCGCGCCAAGGCCGAGAUGAACCGGACGGCCAGCGAGCGCGAGACGCUGGCGCGUGCUUCCGGUGAACUGCAGGCGCGCCACGCGGCCCUGCAGAAGGAGCAAGCCAGUCUGCGCGAGGUGCUGGCCGCCGUGAGGGCUGAGAGUCAGCACGCUGAGAUGCAACUUUACGAGAAGAGUUGCGCUCUGGAGGCGGCCGAGACGGCGCGCCGGCAGCUGGAGAAGGACAACAAACAGCUGACCCUGCGGCGGGAGGAGGUGCAGAACCAGCUGAACCUCGCCCGGCGGGACAUGGACCAGGAGGGCGGGCAGCUGCGUGAGAAGUGUGACGAGCUGCAGCGCAGGCUGGAGGAGGUGCGCACCGAGCAGGCCCGUCUGCUCUCCAGUCAGCAGCACCAGCACGAUGAGGAGGCGGCCCGGCUCACGCGCGAGAAGGAGGAGGCGGUGCGUGCGCUGGAGUCGCAGCUCCAGAAGUCGGCUCAUGCCUGGAGCCGCGAGCAGGAUGACCUGCUCGGCCAGAAGAAGCAGCAGGUGCAGGCGCUGCAGCGCGAGCUGGCGCAGCAGGCGCGCGCCGGCGAGGCGCAGCUGCUGGCCGUCGAGGAGAGCAAGCAGCAGGCGCUGACGCUCGGUGCGUGA